CCGCUGAGAAGGGGCAAAAGAAGACGCGCUGUAAAUGGCCGCCUCCAUGUCGUGAAUGUGAAGAUUGACAAAGAUUACAAUUUUAUCCAACUGCUCAACUCAUCGAGAUCAUAAUCGAGUCAUAUAUCACAACGUCUUUUUCUGUACAGACCUGCACAGCUAUUGCUGUCCAUCGGCGGACUGAUAGUCCAGUUUGGCAUCAGCUGUCACUUCCUUCCAAAUGAAGGACGGCAAGGAGAACUCUAACGCCACUUCUGGAAGUUUUGCCACAAAUCUGGACCACACAAAGCCAUGCUGGUACUGGGACAAGAAGGAUCUGGCCCACACCCCGUCCCAGUCAGAUGGCCUGGAUCCAGCCACAGAAGCCCGUUACAGACGAGAGGGAGCCAGGUUCAUAUUCGACGUCGGAACACGUCUGGGACUACAUUAUGACACUCUGGCAACUGGAAUAACAUACUUUCAUCGCUUUUACAUGUUUCAUUCUUUCAAACAGUUUCCCAGAUAUGUGACCGGGGCUUGUUGUCUGUUCUUGGCUGGUAAAGUGGAAGAAACCCCCAAGAAGUGUAAAGACAUCAUUAAAACAGCCCGCAGUCUGCUCAAUGAUGUGCAGUUUGCACAGUUUGGAGAUGAUCCUAAGGAAGAAGUCAUGGUCUUGGAAAGAAUUUUACUCCAGACAAUCAAGUUUGAUUUACAAGUUGAGCACCCUUACCAGUUUCUGCUGCGCUAUGCUAAACAGCUCAAAGGUGACAAGAACAAAGUUCAGAAGCUUGUGCAGAUGGCGUGGACCUUUGUCAAUGACAGCCUCUGCACAAUGUUGUCCCUUCAGUGGGAGCCAGAGAUCAUAGCAGUGGCUGUCAUGUACCUCGCCGGCCGGCUGUGUAAGUUUGACAUUCAGGAGUGGACAUCUAAGCAGUCGUCUCGCCGCUGGUGGGAGCAGUUUGUACAGGAUGUGCCGGUGGAGCUGCUGGAGGACAUCUGCCACCAGAUUCUGGAUUUGUACUCUCAGGGUAAGCAGCCGAUACCCCAGCAGCCUCAGAUACAGGACAAAGAGAAACCGCCACCCCCUCCUGCCACCCAGCCCGGCCAGUCAGGGGGGCAGAACCCACCUGCUCAACCCCCCUCCAAGAAAAACUCCCCCCAGGCCAGCCCACCUGCCAAGAUUAAACGGCAACAUGUCUCUCCUAAAGACGAACCUAAAGCCCCAACAGAGCAAGUUGGGUCUAAGAUACCACGCCUGGAGAGUCCUAUGCCCCCUCUUCCUGUGUCCCAGCCCCCAGAUCGCAAGGCUCCAUCUGCCAUUCCAGCGCCUCCUGCUGAAGCAGAACCGGCUACAUCAGUUGAAAUGGACCCAGCACAGGGACCGGCUCCUCCUCUGCCGCACGGGCCCCGGCCCCCUCUACCUCACCGCCCGCCACCCCCUCCUCCCUCCAACUACAUCAUGGGAAUGUCCACGUCCAGUUCGUACAUGUCCGGCGAGGGAUAUCAGAGUCUGCAGUCCAUGAUGAAGACUGAAGCGCCCUCCUAUGCGCCCAUGCCCCCUUCAUUCGGCCUACCAUACCACCCGCACGUCUAUCCACAUCCAAACCCCCCGCCUCCAGGCCCUCCGCCCCCAACCUCUUACCCUCCUCCCAAUCUGCCCCCGCCUACCCCAUCUUACCCCCCUCCAGGCUACAACCCCAGCUACCCACCACCACCUCCACGUAUGCCACCAGGGCACAAUGUGCCUCCUCCAGUAAUGGGCAUGCCGCCCGCUGGGUACCCACCUCCACCCGUCCCACCCGGCCAACCUCAGGUUCCGUUGCCGCCCCACGGCAUGCCGCCUGUGGCAGGAAUGAACAGAGGAGGGUGGAUGAGAUGAGAAGGGAUAAAACACAGUCCUUCACACCUUGGUUUGGGCCCACGAUACAUGUGCCUGUAUACAAUAUAAUCUGAGUCUGUAUCGGGUUUAUGUAUUCUGAUGCAGAUUUCACAGGAAGGUACAGACGUUUCAGCUGCCGAGAUGAACACUGGUCAAAUUGGAGUGUCAGGGAGUCAAUGAAAUACUGCAGAAUUCCGCUUGGGUUCAGGGUUUCACCGUUCUAUAGACUUUAUAUACACCGAUUCAAUUUAAAGGGAUAGUUCACCUCAAAGUAAAAAAAACUCAGAUGUAUAUACUCUCCCUCAGGUUGUGUUAAAUCUGUACACAAAAGAGAACUUCAAAAUAUCUUCAUAUGGUUGGAGAAACAUCUAAAUACGACUAUAUGACUUGGUCCGUGUCACGUUUCUUAAGUCAUGUAAUAGAACAGAUGGAAUUGUAAGCCGAUUUCCGAGCUGCUUUUAGCUUUUUCCAAAUUUUUUCACACUAAGUUAUUGUAUGAUUUCAGAUGAUCUUAAGUAGAAAGGAUUAUAAUGUUUUCUGAUCAAUAAGAAUGGUUUUGGCAUAAAAAGAUAUGACAAGAUGUGAAAUUUCAAAGAAUGGCAUGAGGGUGGAUAAAUAAAGAGUUUUCUGUUUUGGGGAAACUAUCCUUUUAAAUUCGUUUACAUCACCACUUACAUUCCAAACCCAUUUCUGUGAAUGAAUUAUGAAUUCUUGGUUGUACAUACGAUUUAUUCUGUAUUAUCUUUAGAGAACCUUUUUUUCAGUGUUAUGUAUUCACUCCCCUUUGGCUUUGCUUUUUAGUUUGCGUGUUGCAGAAUUCAUAUUAUUUCCUUAGCAACAUGGGGAAAAUAUCCCACAAAUCAUCCUUAGCAGUCCCGUUAUUCAGAUGCAUUUCUGGCAUCUUUGACCUGAGAUCAAGUGUGUCGAUUGAUGGACAUGUUAGUUCCAUAGUUUCCCGUAUGUGCCUUAGUUUGGUUAGUAUUUAAUCGGCAAAGGACUUGCUAUGCUCAACCACUUUGUGUUUGCCUGUUGAUUUUUUUUUUUUUUUUUUUUUUUU